AUAUUUACAGAUAAAAUUAACAAGUUUUUCUUAUUUUUCCUGCUUUUUUGUUUGUUUGUUUUUUGUUUUUUUACUCAUAUUAAAACUGCAAGAAGUUGGAAUUUUGACAAUUUUAAAUAUGAGGCAACCGCAGAAGUUCAGAGUCCUGCUCGGGGUUUUCUGGUGUCUCCGGUUUGUUGCUCCCUCAGGGUCUGAAGGAGUCCUCCACUCUUCUUCUUCUACUGCUGCCCCAUCUCCCUCCUCUCCUCCUCCGGCGGCCCAGUCCUCCCAGGAGUUUCUGUCCCAGUUUACCCAGGUGAAUUCUCCAAACAGCGGCGACCGUAAACACCGAGACGCCAGCGCCGUGCUGCCCUUCAUCGGCCUCACCAGCAGUGCUGAUCAGAGCCGCAGCUGCUGUAAAAAUGGAGGAACCUGCAUCCUGGGCAGUUUCUGCGCCUGCCCUCCGUUCUUCACCGGGAGGAGUUGUGAGUACGACACCCGGAUCAGACGAUGUGACGUUGUUCCCCACGGUGAGUGGGUCCAGAAAGGCUGCUCCUACUGCCGCUGUUUCUACGGCGUCUUGCAUUGCUUCCCUCACGUUUUCCAUGAAGAUUGUGAUGACUCGGAUCAGGAGGUUCGUUGGUAUCAUUCAUCGGCGGUCAGGUUGACUCCUCUCAGCCGUUUCCUGUCUCUGCUGCUGCUACUUCCUGUGCUGCUCAUCUUCUGAUGUUCAUAGGAUUUUAUUCUCUAAUCGGCUCCAAAACGACGUGAAUAAUAAACUUGAUGAUGCUGCAGUAUUUAUUUUAAUGAGAAAAAAACCUCCUUCAUUUGCUUUUAUGUAACUGACUGGACAGAGAAGAGUUCUUCCAAAAUAAAUCCUGUUUGCCUGGAAGA